GACCCCGGAAGCGAGGUUCGCGACGGCGAUGUUUCCCUUCUUUAAGAUCUUGAUGGAUAAAAUAAAGCAGAUAUAAUUCACGUCUAGAAAUACUAUUUAUACCCUGGCAUUUGAAAUGUUUUGUAUUUAGUGUCAUAGUAAAAAUGGAAAAAGGGAAAGUAAAUGAUGAUGGAAAACCAGACCCAGAAAAUUCCUUGGACUUUUCUGAACACUUUAACCAACUUGAAUUGUUGGAAACACAUGGACACCUUAUUCCCACUGGUACCCAAAGUCUCUGGGUAGGGAAUUCUGACGAAGACGAGGAGCAAGAUGAAAAAACUGAAGAGUGGUAUCAAUUGCAAGAAAAAAAGAUGGAAAAAGAUCCAAGCAAAUUGCUUCUUUGGGCUGCGGAAAAAAAUCGGCUUACCACAGUGCGGAGACUGCUGUCUGAAAAGGCCACUCACGUGAACGCUAGAGAUGAAGAUGAAUAUACCCCUCUUCAUCGAGCAGCCUACAGUGGACACUUAGACGUGGUGCGCGAGCUGAUCGCACAAGGGGCAGAUGUCCACGCAGUGACUGUGGAUGGCUGGACACCCCUGCACAGUGCUUGUAAGUGGAAUAAUACCAGAGUAGCUUCUUUCUUACUCCAGCACGAUGCAGAUAUUAAUGCCCAAACAAAAGGCCUCUUGACCCCCUUACAUCUCGCCGCCGGGAACAGGGACAGCAAAGAUACCCUGGAGCUCCUCCUGAUGAACCGCUACAUCAAACCAGGUCUGAAAAACAACUUGGAAGAAACGGCCUUUGAUAUUGCCAGGAGGACAAGUAUCUAUCACUACCUCUUUGAAAUUGUGGAAGGCUGCACAAAUUCUUCACCUCAGCCAUAACGGUUCUAAUAAUUUUCUUGAGUUUCCAAGUACCAGUGCCUCCUUUGUGUGAGACAGGACAUAUCCCCAUGAUACAAGGUUGACAUCAGAAGUUUUAUGGGAAAAAUCCAGUGGUACACAUUCAAAUGCCCUUGCAAGCGACAUGCCUAACCUUGAUGUCAAUAUAUUUGAAAGUUGUUUGGAUACAUCUUUACUGAUCUAUGUGGACUUUGUAAUUUUUAUCAGAAAUAAUUUUAACACACUUAAAAACUUGUAACGGGUUGUACAGAAAACUAAUGAUAUUUUUGGUGCUGAUCCAAGAGAAGUGUAUUUUUAAAUAUUCCCCCAUCCUGGGUCUUUGUGGAGUACUUAGUAUAUUGACAUGUAUUUUUAUAAGGUGAGGUAACUCAGAAUUUAAUUUAAAAAACUCAAGUAUACUGGUGCAGUUCAGCUGUCUUCUCCACAUCACUAUGGCCAU